CCCAUCCAGAGUCCUAACUCUAGACAGUUUUCCGUUAGUUCAACUGCUCAUAGUCUUUGAGUGAACAAUUCGUCUUUUUAAUUCUUCUGGUUACUUUCUAGCUGAAGGAGAAAGUGGAAGUUGUAGUUUUUUUUCUAAAACUUUUGGAAGUGUGCCGUUUUCUGGGACGUCAUUACCUUAGUUUUAGUGUAUGCCUCUGGCUUUAUUUUGAAGGCAUAUUUUUGUUUGUUUAAAGUUUGGAUUAUGUUGGCUCGACUUAAAACUUUCUUUCUGGUGAUUCAAAAAAGAAAUUAACUUCAUUGUUUGGAGUUGAUAAUUUACCUAAGGGAUAUUCAUUAACAAGAGGCUGAGAGUCAUAAUAAAAUCUGAAUGAGAAAUGCUCAAGGAGCCACCUAUUGCUGCUUGCAUCAUUGAAAACUUGCUUUUCCUCUUUGUUGCUUCCGUACCAGUUAUUUGUUCUCGCCCCGACGUUCCACUUCGAAUAAGCAUGCUUCACAUUCCCAGUCCUGUAGUUACAGGAGACAGUGUUCACUUACAGUGCUGGUAUGAGCUUGGAAAUGAAACUUUAUAUGCCGUCAAAUGGUACAAAAAUAUGAGAGAGUUUUUUAGAUAUGUACCAGGUUCCAACCCAUCUUUUAAAAUCCUCCCACAAGUCGGCGUUCAGGUCGAUAUGUCAAAAUCAGACAACCAGAGUGUGUUUUUAAAAAAUCUUAGUAUGGACAGCCACGGCAACUAUACAUGUCAAAUUUCCACUGAUAAACCUCAUUUUAGAUGUGUGCAGAAAACAAAGGAGCUUCAAGUAGUGGUUCCACCUUCGGAUGGUCCAAUACUAAUGACUGAAAAAUCUGAAUAUGAAUUAGGUGAUAAUAUUUCGAUUUUGUGCAAUUCUGGUAAAUCAAAGCCAGCCCCAGAAUUAAAAUGGUACAUCAAUGAUCAAUUAGCUCCAUCUGAGUUGUCCGACCAAGAAACUGUAGUAUAUCCCGACCAAUUAGAAAGCACAAGCUUAGCACUCAGAUUUAGGUUCAAACCAGAUGUUCUACAUAAUGGAAAAGUAAUUCUGAAGUGUGUUGCUACGAUAAACCAGAUGCGUGCUGUUUCAAUAAAAGAAAUCAGAGCUACAGGUGCUAAACAAACAGAACUUCAUGUCGGAUUGUUAUGUGUGUUGGUCCUAAUGGUUUUAACUCGACAACUACAAGCAUUGUUUAUAUAAAACUGUAUUUUGUUAAUUUUAAGUGGCAAUUAAAAUCCGGAAGUUUCAUAGAAAUUUACGUUAAAAUUAUACACUCCUCAUGAA